AUGCCCGAACAAGCAGUUGCUGUUGCUGGAGGUAUAAUAGGAGGGAUCCUUUUGUUUGUUCUCAUUGGAGUAACGGUGUACCUGCUCUGGAAGAAAUUUUGCUGCCUCCUUUCUUAUGAAAAGCUAACCAGUCCUGUCAAACCAACAAAUGCAAAUGCCAUUUUUCAGGAUCAGUCAACUUCUGAAAUUCAACUAAAAAGCACAAGCAGAUCCAGAAGCAUUCCAUUUAUCAUUCCACCAACACUGCAUGGGCAAGACUGGAUUAACCUGACGAACGAAGAACAGGUUCAAGAUGACAGUGACCCCUACAUGAUUCCUCAGCCUGGGCCACGGUCAUCAUUUCAUUCUUUGGCCGGAGCUUAUGUUGUAGGGACCAUUAACCCAGAGUUGUACAAGUUUCCUGAAGACAAAAGUGAGAUGGAUUUUCCUGAAGGCAACAUUGGCCGCCUCUGGUUCUCCAUAGAAUACGAGCAAGAAUCAGAAAGACUCCUCGUCUCCUUGAUCAAAGUCAGAAAGCUGCAGCCUCCUGCUGAUCCCUGUAGUCCCUUUGUGAAAAUCUACUUGCUGCCUGAUGAAAGAAGCUACUUGCAGUCCAAAACAAAACGCAAAACCCUUAACCCACAGUUUGAUGAAAACUUUGUUUUUCAGGUUUCCAGUAAAAUGUUGUUCCAAAGGACUCUGAAGUUUUUGGUUUACCAUGUUGAUAAAGAGAAGAAGCAUCAUCUCCUAGGCCAAGUUAUCUUCCCACUGAAAAAUGAAACAUUAACUGAUGACAACAAACUAGUCAUAUGGAGAGAUCUGGAGAAAGAAAACUUGGAGCCUCCUUCAGACUACGGUGAUAUCCAGUUCUCCCUCAGCUACAAUGACUACCUGGGCCGUCUCACUGUAGUGGUUCUGAGGGCAAGGGGAUUGAAGCUCCAGGAGGAGAGCCAUGCUGUCAGUGUGUAUAUCAAAGUCUCACUAAUGAACCAUAAUAAAUUCAUCAAAAGUAAAAAGACAGCAGCUGUUCUGGGAUCUCCCAAUCCAGUGUAUAAUGAAACCUUCAGUUUCAAGGCAGAUCAGACAGAGCUGGAUACAGCAAGCCUGAGUCUAUCUGUGCUCCAGAGUAUCAAAGGAGAAAAAACACAUCUGCUAGGACGUGUAGUAGUUGGGCCUUUCAUGUAUACCCGCGGCAAAGAACUAGAACACUGGAAUGAAAUGAUCAGCAAGCCCAAAGAGUUGGUUAAACGAUGGCAUGCUCUCUGCCACAGCAUGUAAACAGCACAGAUUAAAAACACAACCUUGAAAAGGAAAAGCUCUCAUCAUCUUUCAUAAUCUAACGAUAAAGGGUACAAAAUCU